UUAUGAUAGGACACUUUUUAUUUUAAAAUAUAAGAUCAUAAGAAACUGUGUAAGAAAGUACUAAACCACGAGGAAAGAAAAAUCAAGUGCCCAGUAGUGGAGUGUCAAAGGCUGGCAGUUCGAGAGAACAUUGUGGGAAACAGGGGUGGACCAUUGGAGAUGCUGCUCUGGAGUUUGCUAUUGCCUGUUGGGCUUCUCUGUGCUGCCUUGUCAAGUGCUCCAGAGUGUGCAAUGGAUGAGCGGUCACGUCGGUCAAGGAGGAGCAUUCGAUAUUCUCCUAGCCUGCGCAGUGUUCCUAUGGGUUCCUGUGCCACCAGCCUUGCCCGUGGCAGGCGUUCCCUUGCCAGCCUUGAACACCUGAGGGUUCCCCGAAGGAGGAAGCAACGUGCUGCAGAGGAUGGGGCAGGUUUCUCUGUCCCAGCAAAGGCUCUCUACUUCUCCGGCCAAAGGGACCAGCUGUAUUUGAAAGCGGGUAAUGAGCUGCCAAGGGACGCAUUCACCUUACAAGUUUGGCUGCAAGCCGAGGGAGGGCAGAAGUCCCCAGCAGUUAUUGCCGGACUUUAUGACAAAUGUCCUUACACUUCUCCUGAUCGUGGAUGGGUUCUUGGAAUUGAGGCUUUAAGUGACCAGGGUACAAGAGACCCACGUUUUUUCUUCUCCUUGAAGACUGACCGCUCCUGGAAAGUAACAAAUGUCACUGCUCACCGCAGCUACCUCCCAAACAAGUGGGUACAUUUAGCUGUCACCUACAAUAGUCGUAUAAUCAAACUGUAUGUCAAUGGGGCUCAAGUGGCAACAAGUAAUGAACAAGUUGGGCCCAUCUUCAGCUUGCAAACACAUAAGUGCAAAGUUCUUAUGCUUGGUGGAAAUUCCCAUAAUCAAAAUUUUCGUGGAUACAUAGAACAGUUUAGUCUUUGGAAAACUGCACGAACACAGGAAGAAAUACUGGAUGACAUGGAACAUGCUGUUCAUGGACUGAGCACCUCUCUACCUCAACUUGUUCUUCAGGAUAGCUUUGAGAAUAUGAAAAAUCUGUGGUCUCCCAUGAAAGAUGGCAAUAUUCCAGAAAUUGAGAAUAUUUACCAUCAUAGCUCAUUAUUGGAUACUAAUUUAGAUCCUCCUUUAUGUGGAGAAACCCUAUGUGACAACAUAGAAAUUAUAAAUAGUUAUAAUAAAUUAUCACGUUUCCGAAAACCAAAAGUUGUAAGAUACAGAGUGGUUAACAUUUAUGAUAGCAACCAUGAAAAUCCAACUGUCACCAAAGAUCAAAUUGAACUUCAGCAUCGAAAACUUAAUGAAGCUUUUAGUCCAUACAAUAUCACCUGGGAAUUGGAUCUAUUAGAGAUAAAUAACUCUUUUAUACGUCAGCGGCUUAUCAUUGCUAACUGUCACGUCAGCAAGAUUGGAGAUGAAAAGUGUGAUCCUGAGUGCAACCAUGUACUUACAGGCUUUGAUGGAGGAGAUUGCCGACGUAUCAGUUAUGGGUCUUCCUGGAAGAAAAAGAUGAAUGGUGUUUGUGACAUGGAUAUGUAUCUCUUAGAUGCUGAAGAUUGCUGUAACCCUAAUAUCACAGAUGUCACAAAGACUUGCUUUGAUCCUGAAUCACCUCACAGGGCCUACUUGGAUGUAGAUGAGUUGAAGACUCUGCUAAAUUUGAGUGGACUGACACAUCUCAACAUAUUCUUUGCUAACUCAUCUGAAGAGGAGCUUGCUGGUGUGGCCACCUGGCCAUGGGACAAGAAGGCUCUCACAUAUCUUGGGGGCAUUGUGUUGAACCCUUCUUUUUAUGGCAUCCCAGGCCACGCACACACCAUGAUCCAUGAGAUAGGGCACAGCCUUGGGCUUUACCAUGUCUUCCGGGGCAUUUCAGAGACUUUAUCCUGCAGCGACCCCUGCAUGGAGACGGAUCCUUCGUUUGAGACUGGAGAUCUCUGCCGUGAUACUAAUCCAGCUCCCAAGUAUAAGGGAUGUAGAGAUCCUGGGCCUGGAAAUGACACUUGUGGCUUCCAAAGAUUUGUGAAUACUCCAUUCAAUAACUAUAUGAGUUAUGCAGAUGAUGACUGCACAAACUCUUUCACACUCAAUCAGGUUGCCAGAAUGCACUGCUACCUCGAUUUGGUGUAUCAGAACUGGCAACCCUACGCUAAACCGGCACCAGUAGCUGUCGCUCCUCAAAUUGUAGAACGGACCGCUACCUCUCUCACAUUGGAAUGGUUUCCACCCAUUGAUGGACAUUUUUAUGAAAGAGAAGUGGGAUCAGCUUGUCACCUGUGUGCAGACAGGAAAGUGUUGGUUCAAUAUGCAUCUAAUGCAUCUUCACCCAUGCCAUGUGAUCCAUCUGGUCACUGGAGCCCCAGUGAAGCCGUAGGUCAUCCUGAUGUUGAGCAAUCAUGUAAAUCAAGUGUUCGCACCUGGAGUCCCAACUCAGGCGUUCAUCCACAAACAGUGCCUCCAAUCUGUCCUGGGCCACAUAGUUGUUACCUGCAACUGGAGUUCACUCAUUAUGUAAUUCCCCAAUCCCUCACCAUCUGGGUGACAUACAUGAACACAGAGUCGAACACAACAUGGGCUGUUGUAGAUGUUAAACUUUUAACAGUUAAUGGGAAAGAGAUCUCUCUGGGACUUCAAAGCGUUUUCUGUGAUAUUCCAUUGACUAUAAAGCUUGAUGGAAAAGUGGUAAAGGAAGAAGUGUUUGCCAUCCAGAUCUACACUAUGGAUAACCAAAUGGAGAUUGAUGCCGCUAUGAUCACCUCUUUGCCUAAUAACCCACUCUGUAAAGAUUGCAAAGCUAUCCUCUACAAAGUACUUAGGGAUCCACCUCUUGAAAAUGAUGCCUCCUUGUUGAUAUCAAAUGACCACAGAAAAUUCUUAGACAUGAAUGUGAAGCCUGGUAAUAUUUACAAGUACCAGAUUGUGACAUUGGCUGGAAGCAGAGAAAGUGAACCAUCUCCAGAGCUAUUCUAUCAACACGGCAGCGGCUACUGUGGUGAUGGAGUCAUACAGAAGGACUUAGAGGAAGAAUGUGAUGAUGGAAACAAGUUGAGCAGAGAUGGUUGCUCCUUCUCCUGUCAACUGGAAGUCUUUUUUCGUUGUCUUGAUGAGCCCAGCAGGUGCUACUUUCAUGACGGUGAUGGGGUGUGUGAGGAGUUUGAAAGGAUGACCAGCAUUAAGGAUUGUGGAGUAUAUACCCCGAAUGGAUAUAUGGAUCAGUGGGCAUCAAAUAUUACAGUAUCACACCAGAAUGAUCAGUGUCCAGGAUCAGUGGUUAUGGGCCAACCAGCUGCAACACAGGUGUGUCGAACAAAAGUGAUCGAACUGAGUGAUGGAAUAUCCCAAUAUGCCUGGUACCCAUGCACUGUUAGUUUACCCUACACAAAUAUUAAUUUCUGGUUGAAGGCCCAUUUUUCACAACCUGUGGUGGUUGCUGCAGUAAUUGUACACCUUGUAGCAGAUGGGACCUAUUAUAUGGAUCAGAUGCAAGAGACUAUCAGUGUCCAGCUGAUUGACACCAAAGAACAAAUGCACGAUCUGGGUGUCCAUAUUCUAAGCUGUAGAAAUAAUCCUAUGGUGAUUUCUGUGAUGCAUGACCUCAGCCAUCCUUUUUACCACAGCCAAGAUGUACUUAUCAGCUUUACUUCUCAUUUGGUAGCCAUCUCUGGAGUGGCCCUCCGUUCCUUCCAUUACUUUGACCCUGUAACCAUGAGCAGUUGUCAAUCAGGAGAAAUCUACAGUAUGGCCAAACAGAGCUGCAUCCAUUACGUUUGUGAGGAGGUAGACUGUCAGGAACUGAAAAUAGAAAAUGCUGAACUGAACUGCACAACUGGAGGGCACACAAAUGGGGCACAGUGCAAGGUGACCUGUAAUACUGGGUACAUAUUGCAAAUAAGAGUUCAAGAUGAACUUAUAAUGAAGAAAUUUGGAUCCCGAGCUGUCAUUACAUGCAGUGAUGGAAAGUGGAGUAAACACUUAACCUGUAUACCUGUGGACUGUGGCUAUCCUGAUCUAUAUCAUAUUUACCCAACAACUUACAGCUGUCCCCAUGGAACUACUUAUGGGAAACAAUGUUCCUUUCAGUGUCGACCACCAACACAGCUUAGAGGUACAAAUAACGUACUAAGUUGCUUAGAGGAUGGACUUUGGUCUUUUCCUGAAUCUGUCUGUGAACUUAGGUGUUUGGCACCGCCUCCAUUUCCCAAUGCCAUACUGCAAACUAUUCGCUGUCGUGGGGAUGGUCAUAAGGUGGGCUCUUUCUGCAGGUACAAAUGCAAGCUUGGUUACCAUGUUCCUGACACCUCCAGAAAGACAAGAAAAAAGUCUUUUAAAACACAAUGCACUGAAGAUGGCAUCUGGCAUCAUACAUCAUGUGUUCCAAUCAUGUGUGAGCCACCUCAUCCUAAGUUUCAUGGAAUCUAUGAGUGCACUAAUGGUUUCCAAUUUAACAGCGAAUGUAAAAUCACUUGUGAAGACCACAAAAACCAAUCGGUUGUUGGAAAUAACAUAAUUCGUUGUCGCAACGAUGGUACUUGGAGUGGCAACUUCUAUUUGUGUGACUCAAUGCAGGGUCAGUGUCCCCCUCCACCCCCAGUCCAUGGCAAUGGGAAGAUGCACUGCCCUGAAGGCUAUGGAAUAGGAGCAGAAUGUGUCCCCAUAUGUCUCGAUCACAACAUGGCCACAGUCGCCCUGCCAUCCAAUGUGACUGCAAAGGAUCUCCAGCACUGGAUGAAUCCACCUAGAAUUAAGAAAGUUAUCUGCACAGCUAAACUUCAAUGGUAUCCUCCUCCAGAAACGUUUCACUGCAUAAAAGAUUGUGAGCCAUUCAAAGGAGACAAUUAUUGUGAUGGCAUAAACAACCGAGCCUUUUGCAACUAUGAUGAAGGCGACUGCUGCUCGACUACUGUGUUGACCAAAAAGGUAAUACCCUUUCCUACAAACUGUGAUCUUAAUGGGGAGUGUUCAUGCCGAGACCCUAAUGCCCCAGAAAACAGUCAACGGAAUAAUCACCACCUUAAACUCGGAUAGCAUUACACAGGGACAGAGAACCAUAAACUAAAGGCAGACUGGAAGACCAACCACAUUCCUUUUGGUAUUAUGUUAUCAUUAGCUGCUCAACCGUAUGGCAUUAAUCCACCAGACAUGAAAUAGUCUAACCCCUCUGUACCCAUGAGGGAAUUCAGACUGAGAUAAUUACAAUGAUCUAAAUGCCACAAGGAACAAAUGUCUAAACUAACAAAAAGCAAAACCAUGUGUGUUGUUCUGUGGUAUGGCAAGAUGAAGACAAAACGAAAGCCAUAAACGCAUACUAUACAGCUAAAAGAUUGUGGAUAUUUCAGUUCUUUGCUUCUCUCACAGAUGCUCGCAACUAAUUUAAAAGACUCCCAAUACAAGGCAUUAAACUGAAGCCACACCCUCAUGCUAUUGAACUGUUGGAGAAAGAUUGAAAGGAAGACGUGAAAACCAAGUGUGCCAUAUUUAAUUCGGAGACUGCUCUUGGUCCUUAGUUCUGGUGUUGUGUAAUCUUGAAUUAAACCCCAAUCUUAGUUGCAUGAGCAUAACUGUUGCUGCUAUUCCUGCUGCUAAAAGUCCCAUAAGCCAUCUUCCAACCAGUGUCAGAACAGGGUGAAGUCAGCACCAAACAACCAGUCUGCCUUAAAGCUUGUCCUCUGCCUUGUACACCCUCAGGCUUUGUCUUUUACCAUCAAGUCAUAAGGUCAUCAUAUCAGUACCCCAUAAGGUAUGUGCUUGCACAUAUUCAGUCUGGCAUAUAGAGAUAAAAUCAUCAUUCCAGUCUAACGCAUACAUUUAUAGACACUAAAGUAGCUCUUAACUCCUAGAGUCUCCUAUCUACAUAAAGUUGUUCAGUACUAUGUGUUCUUAAGAUGAUCUGCUUUUAAAGCAGUAUUAUAAUAUUUUGCCAGUAUUAUAUUACAAAGAUAGACCAAACAUUCAAAGCUCCCAAGAAGUAUUAUUUAAUGUUUCUUCCUUCCCCACCGGAAGGAAAAAAAAAUAAAUACAUUUAAAAAAAAAAAUAAUAAUAAAUAAAUCUAGGCAAUGUUGGCUGACCCCUGAUAAUGUCAUACUUAAUCUUAAUUAAUGCUGGACCAAAUUGUAUUUAAAUGUUACCUCAGGGAGAUGUGCAGCUAAUUCAAACCAAUCUUAUGAACCAUUGCACAUGUAUAUAUGUUUGUGUACACACAUUUUAAACCUGUUUAGGACAUUGUCCCUACCCAGUUCCUAUCUACACUAUGAUAUAGUAAGCUGCCAAUAUACAUACAUUCACUUGCAUCCUUCUAAAUAUUAUUCAUUUACAAAUUACCCACACCAUUGCAAAAAAAUAACUAAACGCAACUGAUGUGAUGGCAAUACUCACUGAAAUGCUUACUUAAGGUCUGGGCAUCAAUUAUUACCCAAAGUGACCAUUUUUUGUUCCUUGGGAUCUAAAUAACUGAGUUCUUGUACUACAAGGAUUGUGUUAAUAGCAUAAAAAAGAUAACUUCAGCUCCACAAUCCCAUGAGAAUUAGGGCAUUCCUGAGGGUGUUUUGGGGCCAGGUUUCAGCUACCUCCCUUCUGGUUUCAAUUUCACUGGCUUGUAAACUGACAACUUGUUUUAGGUUUUUUCCUGUGUUGCAUAAAAUUGUAGUUUGGAAAACAAACUUUUUUUUUUUUUUUUUGCUGCAUCUAAAUUGAGUGACAAGGAAAUUUUUUACUUAAAAGCUGCAUAAUCCCAUGUGGAGGAAAAAGCAAAAUUUAUGUUUUAUUUUAUUCUUAAAGGGACAUCAUAUAUUAUUAGUCACAAAUCGAGAAAUUUGAGCUGUUUGUGUUAAAUCUGGCCACAAGGAACUUGCUUAAAGCACGUUGGCAUCUGUCAUGCAUUAUUAGCAUUUUGCCUUGAGGAUGAAAUAUUUCUUACAUCAUCAAAUCCUUCACCAUGUUUGUGUUUAAUACUUAGUAAAACAGACUGCCUCCUUGCAGAUUUUUAUCUAAUCAGUAUUCCACUGAACUUAGUAUCUGAUGACAGCCAUAAAUGUCAGCCUCUAGAAAGCUGCUAAAUCCUUAAACAAGUAAAAUUCCAGGCAGAUCACUGUGAAUAUAAGGAUUCCAAAUCACUCAUCUACAUUCUGGGGUUCAACAAAAAAGUAAAGUUGUAUGGAUGAAGAAAGAAUAUUCAUUUUUACAAUAAAUGAAAAGUGGAAUGGUUGAGCACAUAGACCUUUGUGAUAUAUUGGUGUAAUAGCUCACAAUUUAGAUCUACCAACCUUUCACCUGACAGAUUAUCAGAGGAAGGGGUUAAACCCAGAAGGUACAGGUGGAACAUAGCAUCAGAGAAAAGGGACAUAACAUGCCUCAUUCCACAAUGAAUCCCUAAUAUAGUUGUGUGUUGUUCUACUUUACACCAGCAGUCAUUGGGAAUUGUAAUAUAUUUACUGCAUUGUGUGACCUCUGUUAAUAUCUGUCUGCAACAAAGGCAAAAAAAUGAUGUGUUUGUGUUAUUUAUCCAAGCGCCCUGUGCAUUACAUUUGUGUAUUUUACUUAUAAAAACUGUGAUCUCAAGAGAAAGGUAUUCAUAUUACAAAAACUGUUCUUCCUUAUUUAUAUGUAUUGUAAAGGAACUUGUUUUUAUUGAUAUUUUGGUCAAGAACACAUGACAAUGUCUUUAUUUGUAACCUACUGUAAUUCUAGCCACCUCCCUUCAGCCUCCUUCACAUCAUUCAUUCAAUCACCCAAACCAACCUUUACUACCUCCAUAAAGUGUUCUGGUCUUUCUUUCAUGUGUUUCUAGCUGUCUCCUACAAAUCACUUCAUCUCUUCCAUAUUAUUGCCAGUUUCAUUUCCGUUGUCACCCCCGGCCUUACCUACUACCAGUGCUUACAAUUUAUACUCUCACCUUUUGUACACAGUCUCUCUUGCCAGUCUCCUCCAUUCUCCUUUACCUCCUCUCAAAUCUUCCAGUUCCCUGUAUUUCCAUCCUUUCCACUACUCUUGUUACCAAAUGUUGUCUCAACCUCCUCCUACACCUCAUGCCUGUAUUUGUGCUGCUCGCAAAUUGUUGUCUUUGAAGAUUUUUUGUUAUAAGAAAAAAAAAAUCUAAUUUAAAGUCUUCAAGCAAUAUAUAAAGAUGUAAAUAGUAGAGCUUAUUUAUUAUGACUGUAAUACUUUUUAAUUUAUAUUUACACAAUGUUCAUUUAAAUUAUUAUUUUCCCCUUCA